CCCACGAAGCCUCUAAUGCCGGUGCCCGUCCUCUAUAGCAGACCCAAACUCACAGCCACCUAGGGACCAGGAGAGCCGCCCGGACCACAGCCGAAAGCAGAAGCACCCCUCAGCAGUCUCCUCCAGCCAGUCGCCACCCGACACAGGGACACUCCACUCAACCAGACCUCUGCACAGCACAGGAGAGCCCACCACCGCCCGUGCCACCGCAAUUCAGAGAAACGAUCCCCAGGUCCUCAGCCAACCUCCGAUGACAACAGAGAGGAUGAGGAUCUACUGACAAACUGAGGAACCAAUGGUGUCUGGAUGUAAGACUCUGCAGAGAAGAUGGAGCUGGAAGAAGUCCUGACGUUUGGACCAGAUGAGGAAGAAAAGAAAAGACAACAGAGAAGACAUCACUCAGAUACUGCCUGCUAAAAAGACCAUGUAUCGACCAUACAAACACAUUAGAAGAGGAUUCAAGAAGAGUAGAGGUUUAAAAUUUUUUCGGCCACGCUUCGCAUGUGAGCAUUGCAGAAUUGCCUGUACAUCCUUCAAACAGCUAGAACAACAUCUAAAUGGAAUCAAACAUAAAGAAACAUUGGAUUCUAUAGAAGGUGAACAGAACACUUUCCCUCUGGAGCAUAUGGUUGUCUUAGAUGAGAUUGAAGAUGAUUUACCAAAUGACGUUGCUGCUUCACCAGCUUCUUGUGACUCUUCAGACUGUGAAACUGCUGCUUGUGCUUCAGAUUUCCAAACAAUAGACAGCAUUCCCAGAAGCCGUAUGGUUAUCUUAGAUGAGACAAAUGACGACAAUGAUAAUCCUGCUUCCCCGGCUUCUUGUGACUCAUCAGAGUUUGCCUCAUCAAUUCCAGAGAGAAAAACUAGAAUCAAAAAGCCUGAGGAUGAUCAGACUGCAUCAGAGUCACCACUGCAUGUUCUAUCCAGCUUCCCAUCUACCAGCUAUGUGCCAGAAGUAAAAGCUGGAACAUCAGAGAAAUCCACUAGUAAGGAACGUCAUACAAAGAGUAGUAAGACAAGGCAUGAAAAAUCUAAAAAGACUUUUUACAUAGAGCCAAUUAAAAACAACCAAGACGUGUUUCAGUUUCUGAAAACUUUUGCAAUGGCAAAUGACUCUGAUGUAGAAUUUGCAAACAAGGUAAAAGAAAUGUUCUCCAGUGCCCUAAUAAAAUACAAUGAGAGAAAACUAGCAGAAAUAAUCUGCACAGAAGCGGAGCACAGUUCAGCUGAUGAACAUGCAGGGCCUGAUGAUGGUUCCAGUGAUCAUGAACAGGGAAAUUCUAUACCCCAAGUAACGAUUAAGACUGAAAAGACAAAUUCAGCCCCAAGUUCUCCAAAUAAUUCAUCAUCAGAGCAAUGUAUCUACAUUACCGUGUCUUCUGUCGACUGUAAAGACGACUCGCCCAUCAUAAUUGAAUCUGACAAUCCAGAUACCUUCUCCAUUGCUUCACGAUCACCAACAAAAGAAUGUGAGGACAUAGGUUCCUCAAACAAGCCGCCUUCAACAAACUCCACAAAUGACAACUCGUGUUCAGCUAUUGAAGCAGAUCUGUUGAUGGAAAGUGAAAAUUGUGUUACUACCGAAGCAGCUUGCAGUGAUGAUGAUGAUGUAUAAAAUAUGUCUGUGUUUAUAAAAUCAGUAAUAAAAUGUGAAACCAUUUUAUCUUGGGACCCAAACACAUUUUCAGGGGAAAAAAUUCUGUUUUUAAAUUUUUUUUUUUCUGCAUUGUGAUACACCUUGUCUAGCAAGAACAUUCAGGGAGACCAUUUUAGCUUGUGCUACAGACAUAUACAACUAUGUGUUUAUACAGUAGCCUAUGUCUUUUAAGGGAGUCACAAACAAUAAAAAAAAAUUUUUU